CUGACCGAAUAACGCGAUCAUUAGCAUUCCACAGAAUACACUGUUGCGAAUUUCCCAGAUUUUGCUGCAGUGGGUUCUCUUAUCUGGCGAGCUUUACAAAAACCGCUUUCGUUUCCACUUUUCACGCGGCUAUCUUUUGUUUUCCAGCACUAUCGUUCGUUUCGACGAGCCUACACAGAGAUGUCGCAUCGCAAUCCCCCAUCACGCGAGGCUGAGCUUCGUCGUCUGCGCACUGAACUGAAAGGUCUCGAGAAAGCGCUGGAUAUAUCUAUUAGCCAAGCGAGAGGACAGCUGAACGAUAUCUCCGCCAAGCUCAGAGCUUUGCAGGUAUCCCUCAGCGAUCUCAAGCCCCGUAUUAUCGAUUAUUACAAAUCCGACGUGAAAGUGGAUGAUUACCUGAAGAAACUGUUGGCGAUGUCGGACGAAGCUUUGCGCGAACACUUCGCGGCCACGCGUAAGCAGGCUGAAGCAGAAUUUAGUGAUGGUAUGGAGGAGCAGGCAGAAUGGUUGAAGCGGAUUGCCGAGUUGUUAGCCCAGCAGACUACCAUUUUGGACCGCAUGGAUACGGUUUCACUGCAUGUCAGCGUGCAUGAUACGCAUGGCCUACGAGGGCACCUCAUGGACAAACAUCAGCUAUUCAUGGGGCUUGCUGCGCAAGGCAAAUCUCUGCGCCAGUAUCUCUUGAAUACGGCUCUCGUGCUAACGGAUGGGGAAGAAGCCUACAUGCGCAAGGUCAAAACCUAUCUGGCAUCAAAGGAAGGAACCCAUCUGGAUUCCAAAGAAGAAUGCAAUGUGGAAUCGAAGGAAGGAGCCCAUCUGGAAUUAACGGAGCAUUCUACAGUUCCCUAACGUUUCUUAUUUUUUUCUGCCUGGUCGACAUAUUCCAGUGAAAUUUGUGGCCUUUGCCGCCGUUUUUCAGCUUUUCGUAUUAUGCUUGAAAUUUCGUUUCCUUUUAGUUUUCGCUCGGUACACCGAGUUUUAGUUGAUGAAAGAUGUAGUUGGCGGUUUUCUUUUUCGGGAGCGUCAAAUUUAAACUGUAUGCUUGUUUUUUUUGCAAGAACUGAUCGGAAAUUCAAUGUUCAAUGAGACUAAACCCAUAAAACAGUCGUUUUAUGU